AUGAGCGAUGGGGGUGUCGCAUGCAUGCCUCUGCUGAAUAUCAUGGAAAAGCUUCCAAUUGUGGAGAAGAAGACGCUUUGUGGAGGCAAUGAUAGCAAAAAUGCUGCCACUUCGGAAAAUGGUCACACAUCCAUCUCAACUAAGUCCCCGGAGUCUCAGCCAGCUAAACCCUCAGCGUCUCAGCCAGUUAAGAAGAAGAGAAUUGUUAAGGUAAUUCGUAAAGUUAUCGUGAGGAAGCCUAAGCAGCCCCAGAAGCAAGCAGAGGAGCAGCCGAAACCGCAGGUAGUGCAACUUCCUGGAGAAACACAGCUUCAGGAUGAUCAGGAUAAGAAGAGUGAGCCUGUGCAGGGUAAAGGAGGAGCUAGUAGUAAUAAAGAAGUGGAAAACGGUGGAGACUCUGGGUUUAAGGAUGAAGUGGAAGAAGGUGAAUUAGGCACACUAAAGCCUCAUGAGGAUCUGGAGAACGGUGAAAUCUCGCCAGUGAAGUCAUUGCAGAGGAGUGAUAUCGAAAAGGGCGAGAUUGUCGGGGAGAGUUGGAAGAAAGAUGAAAGUUCAACGAAGGGAGAGAUUGGUUACGUGAAAUAUAAUGGAGGGUGUGUGGAAAGAAGGGAUUUUUCUGCAGAGAAGAACCGGAAAGAAGAGAGAGAAUUCAGAUCAUGGAGAGAUCCCGGUGAUGAAAUCGAAAAGGGGGAGUUUAUCCCAGACAGAUGGCAGAAAAUGGAUGAUCAUAGUUACAACAGAUCUCGUAGGAAUGGAGUAGACAGAGAGAAGACAUGGAAAUAUGAAUAUGAUUAUGAACGUACACCGCCGCCUGGUGGAAGGUUUGUGAAUGAGGAUAUCUACCACAGGAGAGAUUUUAGAAGUGGGCAUGACAGGGCUACAAGGAUCAGUUCUAAAGUCGUCAUUGAUAAGAACGAAUACAACAAUCCAAAUAAUCUUGUAAAGGAGUACCCUUCUUCUGCGAACAAAUUGAAGCGACAUGGAGCUGAACCAGAUAGCACUGAGCGCAAACACUCCUACGGUGAGUAUGGGGAUUACGGGAGCUCCAAAUGUAGAAAACUUUCUGAUGAUUUUUCCCGCUCUAUUCACUCUGACCACUAUUCACGCCACUCUGCUGAGAGACCGUACAGAGAUUCAUAUUCAUCAAAAGGUUCGUCUCUGGAAAAGUAUCCUAGAAAGCAUCAAGACUCAUCUUUCCCUGCCAGGGCUUUUUCAGACAGACAUGAACACAGCCCUCCACGAACUGACCGGUCCCCACAUGACUGGUCUAGGUACCAUGACCGCAGGGAUAGAAGUCCAGUCCAUCGGGAGAGAUCACCAUAUGCCCGGGAGAGGUCGCCAUACAUCUUUGAGAAGUCUUCACAUGCUCAGAAAAGGUCUCCACAUGACCGCAGCCGUCACCAUGAUUAUAGAAGAAGUCCAAGCUACUCUGAGUGGUCACCUCAUGAUCGCUCUAGGGCCGGUGAUCGCAGGGACUGUACUCCAAACUAUGUGGAAGACAACCAGAGCGAUCGUUACAGGCGUAAUGGCCACAGAGAAUUAAGCAGGAAAAGUGGAGUAAGGGAGAGGAGGGAUUCUCAGACUGGGACGGAGCUUGAUAAUAAGCACAGAAAUAAGGAUUGUAAUGGAAAAGAGCCGACCUCAUCAAGCAAAGAAUUGCAAGGUAAAAACAUUUUGUACAACAAUAAUACAGUGGCUGAGAAAAGUUCUGUCCACGAUGCAUCCAAGAUUCCAAGUCCUUCCGCAAAGGGAAAAGAGCCCGUGCAAGUUGGUGAGACCCCCACCGAAGAGUUGCCGUCAAUGGAAGUAGAUAUGGACAUUUGUGACACACCACCUCAUGAGCCUAUGGAGGCUGAUUCAUCCGUGGGGAAAUGGUUUUAUCUUGAUCACUAUGGCAUGGAACAUGGGCCCGCUAGGCUAUCCGAGCUGAAAGCUCUUAUGGACCAAGGCAUUCUUUUCUCUGAUCAUAUGAUUAAACACUCGGACAAUAAUAGGUGGGUCACUAUCGAAAAUGCAACUUCUCCUGUGCUCAACAUGAAUUUUCCAUCGGUCGUGUCAGAUGCAGUGACACGGCUCGUCAAUCCUCCUGAAGCGCCUGGUAAUUUAUUAGAAGACAUUACAGAUACGGCUGAAGCAGUUUGUAUGGAACAAGAGACUGGAGAUUCCUUGCCUGAAUCAGUGUCAUUACCAGAUGCUGCUAGUGAACUUUUAGUAGAACACUGUGAAGAUUUCCAGAUUGAUAAGAGGAUCGCGAAUCUCUUGGAGGGUUAUAUUAUCACACCUGGCAGGGAACUUGAAAUCCUUGGAGAGGCUCUGCAGUUUAAUUUUGGUGUGACCGGAAGUCCUGUGAACGGAAGUCCUGUAACCGGAAGUCCUGUGUCCGGAAGUCCUGUGACGGAGAGUUGUGUGAUCGGAAGUAGUGUGACCGAGGUUGAAGAGACCGGAAGUUGUGUGACAUCUAAAGAUUAUUCCUGGCGUCCCUAUCGAGUGGAAGGUCAGUUGGAUCUUCUGGAUGAGGUGUUGCCGGGACGUUUCGAGCCCAAGACAAGGGAGAUUGAAGAAUUUAAGUCUGACAAUGUUUAUGGUUCUGAAAACGAUGAGAUAGGCAGUUGGUAUUCAGGUCGUUGGUCUUGCAAAGGCGGGGACUGGAUUAGACAAGAUGAAGCUGCUCAAGAUAGAUAUCACAAAAAGAAAAUGGUUCUGAAUGAUGGUUUCCCACUAUGCCUGAUGCAGAAAUCUGGUUAUGAGGAUCCGCGGUGGCAUCACAAGGAUGAUUUGUAUUAUCCUGCCAGUAACUCUAGGCUUGAACUUCCCCUAUGGGCGUUUUCUGGUGUAGAUGAGAGAAAUCAGACGAGGGGGGUUAAGGCUACUGUGCUGUCCGUAGUUAGGCUUAACUCUUUGGUUGUUAAUGACCAAGUUUCAUCAUUUCCUGACCCCCGUGCAAAAGUUCGUGGUAGAGAGAAGUGCUCUUCAAGGCCUGCUCGUCCAUCCCCUGCAUCUAGUGAUUACAAGAGGGAAUCAGUCGAAAGUCAUUCUCAGUCAACAGCUAGCGAUGGUCAAGAUUUGCAGGGAUGUUGGAGAACCGACGUAUCUGUUAACACCCCUAAAGACCGUCUCUGUACCAUUGAUGAUUUGCAAUUGCAUUUGGGUGAUUGGUUCUACAUGGAUGGGGCUGGGCAAGAACAAGGACCUCUGCCAUUUUCGGACCUCCAGAUAUUGGUGGAUAAAGGUAUCAUAAAGAGCUACAGCAGUGUCUUCAGAAAAUCUGAUAAAAUCUGGGUUCCUAUUACUUCUACCACAAAAACUUCGGAAACCAUUGUCAAGCUUGAGGAAAAAAAACCAGCUCUGCCUUCAGAUUGUCAAGGCCUUGUUGUCUCAAAGUCACAGGAUUUCAAGCGUUCUGAAAUGGACACAAGUCUGAGCUCGUUCCAUGGUAUGUACCCUCAGUUUCUUGGUUAUUUCCGUGGGAAACUUCAUCAGCUGGUUAUGAAAACCUUCAAGAGUCGGGAGUUUUCUGCUGCCACAAACGAUGUUUUAGACUCUUGGAUCCAUGCAAGACAGCCAAAGAAAGAGACUGAAAAGUACAUGUACCAAUCUUCAGAAUUUGAUUCAAGCUAUACGAAAAGAGCUCGACUGAUGGCUGGUGAAAGUGGAGAAAAUUCUGAAGUCGAAGAUGCACAAGUGUUUCAGAAGGAUGAGUUGACAUUUGAGGAUUUAUGUGGGGACGCUACCUUUCAUGUUGAAGGAAGUGAAUCUUCUGGCACAGUGGGGAUGUACUGGGAUCUGUUGGAUGGUCGUGCAUUAGCACGAGUUUUUCAUAUGUUGAGACAUGAUGUAAAAUCUCUUGCAUUUGCUUCUAUGACUUGUAGACAUUGGAAGGCCACUGUUAAUUCAUACAGAGAUAUUUCAAGACAAGUUGACUUAUCUUCUUUGGGUCCCAACUGCACAGAUUCUAGGCUCUGGAGUAUAAUGAAAACUUACAACAAGGAGAAGAUAGACUCUAUAAUUCUGCUUGGUUGUACAAACGUGACUGCCAGCAUGCUUGAGGAAACUCUUCGUUUAUUUUCCCGAAUUUCUUCUGUAGACAUCACAGGCUGCUCCCAGUUUAGAGAUUUGACAUCAAACUAUAAAAAUGUAAGUUGGCUCAAAUGCCAGCAUCCUCGAUCAGGGGAAAUGCAUUCCAGGUUAAGGAGUCUGAAACAGAUGACAGAUGUUGCCAAGUGUAAGGGCUUAGGGGGAGAUACAGAUGAUUUUGGUAACCUUAAGGAUUACUUCGAUCGAGUAGAAAAGCGAGACUCAGCCAAUCUGUUAUUCCGAAGAAGCUUAUACAAACGCUCAAAAUUGUACGAUGCAAGGAGAUCAUCGGCCAUACUAUCGAGGGAUGCUCGUAUCAGGCGAUGGGCGAUUAAAAAGUCAGAACAUGGGUAUAAACGAGUGGAGGAAUUCCUUGCUUCAAGCCUUAGGGGCAUCAUGAAGCAGAAUAGUUUUGACUUCUUUGCUCUAAAGGUUGCUCAAAUAGAGGAAAAAAUGAAAAACGGCUACUAUGUUAGUUAUGGUUUGAGAUCUGUCAAGGAGGAUAUCAGCCGGAUGUGCAGGGAAGCAAUCAAAGGAAGGAAUCGCGGGGGCUCCAAAGACAUGAACCGAAUCAUCAUACUGUUUAUUCAACUUGCCACCCGUUUGGAAGAGGUCUCUAUGGUUACUUCUUCAUAUGGUAGAGAUGAAUUAAUGAAGUCAUGGCAAGAUAGCUCAGGGAUCUCAUCAGCCUCUAAGUAUAACAAGAAAUUGAGCAAAUCAGUAACUGAAAAGAAGUACAUGAGCAGGACUAGUGACAAUGGUGCUUCAGAUUACGGAGAAUAUGCAUCUGACCGAGAAAUCAGAAGGCGUUUGUCCAAACUGAAUCGUAAAUCCUUUGGUUCCGGAAGUGAAACAUCUUCCGAAGUCUCUGACAAUGGCAAGAGUGACAAUUAUAGCUCAGCUUCAGAAAGUGAUUCAGACAUCCGUUCAGAAGGUCGAUCUCAGGACUUACGUGUCGAAAGAUACUUCACAGCAGAUGAAGCCUUGGAUUCGGUGACCGAAGAUCGUGAAUGGGGUGCACGUAUGACCAAAGCUAGUCUUGUACCGCCAGUCACUAGGAAAUACGAAGUGAUUGAAAAGUACACAAUCGUCACAGAUGAAGAGGAGGUACAACGAAAGAUGCGGGUUUCUUUGCCGGAGGACUAUGGUGAGAAGCUUAAUGCACAAAGAAAUGGCAUUGAAGAGUUAGAUAUGGAACUUCCUGAAGUUAAAGAGUAUAAACCAAGAAAGCUUCUUGGCGAUGAGGUUCUAGAACAAGAGGUUUAUGGAAUCGAUCCUUACACCCAUAAUCUCUUACUUGAUUCAAUGCCCGGAGAAUUGGACUGGUCACUGCAGGAUAAACAUUCAUUUAUUGAAGAUGUAGUCUUACGUACCCUGAACAGACAAGUUAGGCUUUUCACUGGAUCUGGAAACACCCCCAUGGUAUUCCCUUUAAGGCCUGUGAUUGAAGAGCUCAAAGAGAGUGCUCGUGAAGAGUGUGAUAUACGAACACUGAAGAUGUGUCAAGGCGUCUUAAAGCAAAUGGAAAGUCGUUCUGAUGAUAAAUAUGUUUCUUAUCGGAAGGGUCUCGGUGUUGUGUGCAACAAACAAGGUGGUUUUGGAGAAGAAGACUUUGUUGUUGAAUUUCUUGGAGAGGUUUAUCCUGUGUGGAAAUGGUUUGAGAAGCAAGAUGGGAUUCGUUCCUUACAGGAAAACAAAACUGAUCCUGCACCAGAGUUCUACAAUAUUUAUCUUGAGAGACCAAAGGGUGAUGCUGAUGGAUAUGAUUUAGUUGUUGUUGAUGCCAUGCACAAGGCUAAUUAUGCGAGUCGCAUUUGUCACUCUUGCCGACCUAACUGUGAGGCUAAGGUUACUGCGGUGGAUGGACACUACCAGAUUGGUAUAUAUUCUGUACGUUCUAUUGAAUAUGGCGAGGAGAUAACUUUUGAUUAUAAUUCUGUAACUGAGAGUAAGGAAGAAUAUGAAGCGUCUGUUUGCCUGUGUGGUAGCCAAGUAUGCCGAGGCAGCUACUUGAAUCUCACUGGUGAAGGUGCAUUUCAGAAGGUGUUGGAGGAAUGGCAUGGUCUGCUGGAUCGACACGGACUGAUGCUGGAAGCUUGUACACUGAAUUCAGUUUCAGAAGAAGAUUAUCUUGAGUUGGGAAGAGCUGGACUGGGAAGUUGUUUGCUUGGUGGAUUGCCAGAUUGGAUGAUUGCAUAUUCUGCUCGUCUGGUUCGAUUCAUCAAUUUCGAGAGAACCAAGCUACCCGAGGAAAUUCUUAAGCAUAAUCUGGAGGAAAAGAGGAAAUAUUUUUCAGACAUACACCUUGAUGUUGAGAAAAGUGACGCUGAAGUUCAGGCUGAGGGUGUCUACAAUCAGAGGCUUCAAAAUUUGGCUGUUACACUUGACAAGGUAAGAUAUGUUAUGAGACGUGUGUAUGGGGAUCCAAAGAACGCUCCUCCUCCGCUGGAGAGGCUUUCUCCUGAAGAAACAGUCUCUUAUGUAUGGAACGGGGAUGAUUCCUUAGUUGAUGAGCUUCUUCAGAGCCUGUCACCGCACGUGGAAGAAGGCAUUAUUAAUGAACUUAGAUCCAAAAUCCAUGCCCAUGAUCCAUCUGGAUCUGCUGAUGUCCUUAAGGAACUUCAGAGAUCAUUACUUUGGUUGAGAGAUGAGAUCCGAGACCUCCCAUGUACAUACAAGUGUCGGAAUGAUGCUGCAGCUGAUUUAAUUCACAUAUAUGCCUAUACGAAGUGCUUUUUCAAAGUUCGGGAAUAUAAGUCCUUUAUGUCUUCUCCUGUACACAUUAGUCCGUUGGAUUUGGGUGCCAAGUAUGCGGACAAGUUAGGUGAGAGUAUAAAGGAGUACCGGAAGACUUAUGGCGAGAACUAUUGUCUAGGGCAGCUAAUUUACUGGUAUGAACAGACCAAUUCUGAUCCAGAUGUUACAUUGGCGAAAGCAACAAGAGGUUGCUUGUCUUUACCCGACGUUGCUUCCUUCUACGCAAAGGCCCAGAAACCUUCCAAGCAUCGUGUUUAUGGUUCAAAGACGGUGAAAGCAAUGGUUUCACAGAUGUUUAAACAGCCUCAAAGACCAUGGCCGAAGGAUAAAAUAUGGACAUUCAAAAGCGCACCAAGAGUAUUUGGCAGCCCGAUGUUUGACACCGUCCUCAACAAGUCGUCGCUAGAUAGAGAACUGUUGCAGUGGCUGAGAAACAGACGGCAUGUCUUUCAAGCGACAUGGGAUAGUUAG